ACACGUCAGAAUUGGACUUUUGCCUACCAUACAUUUUGAGACAAAUUCCUCAUUUUGCCUAAUUAGUGGGAGGCUGUCAAGCUUAGGGGCGGGGUGGUAAAGAGUAUAAUUGGCAGAUCAGCACAGUCAGAGCGACAAAAAUGAGCAAGUGACCGAGUGGUACCGUACAGGAAUGAAGAGAUGAUUAACAUAGAGAACAUUGACUCCAAUGAACAUCUAAGAAAGUCCUCUAACAUCCGAAAGCCACAUAGCUUUGGCAUUGACAACCUGAGAGCGCAAGAACGCCUUACUUAUGUUGUACAGAUGUAAUGACGAUACUCAUUUUUAUCAAAAAUGAAUCAAACUGGUAUUUUUUCUUUAGUUUCAACUGUCUGGACGACAGUCUAAUGUUGUGGUGUCACAGUGGAUGUUGAAAGUUCUUCAGGUGGAUCUUGGAAUCACAGGUGACUUGUGUGUGAGAAGAGAUGGGAUCCAGCACAGCAGAGAGAGAAGCCCCAAGACCCCCAGAUGGUGGCUGGGGCUGGGUUGUGUUGAUAGGAUGUUUUGUCGUCACGGGCUUCUCCUAUGCUUUCCCCAAAGCUGUUAGUGUUUACUUCAAAGAGCUGAUGCGAGACUUUGGUUGUGGGUACAGUGACACAGCAUGGAUCUCUUCCAUCAUGUUGGCCAUGCUCUACGGUUCAGGUCCAGUGUGCAGUAUCAUGGUGAACAAAUUCGGAUGUCGUCCAGUGAUGCUGCUGGGAGGGCUGUUGGCAUCAGCAGGAAUGAUCAGUGCUUCCUUCACGACUAACAUCAUACAGCUCUAUAUGACUGCUGGUGUACUGACAGGUAUCGGCUUAGCCCUCAAUUUCCAACCCUCCCUCAUCAUGAUUGGCACCUAUUUUGACAAGCGCCGCCCACUAGCCAAUGGACUUGCGGCAGCAGGGAGCCCUGUGUUUCUCUCGGUCUUGUCCCCGCUGGGCCAGGUGCUUGUGGAGAAGUACGGCUGGAGAGGGGGCUUCCUCAUCAUGGGUGGGUUGCUGCUCAACUGCUGCACCUGUGGGGCUAUCAUGAGGCCCUUGCUUGGGAAGCUCAAGAAGGUGCCAGCCGGGGUGGAGGCCAAUGCUCAGGAGCUGAAAGAGAUGUUGCCGUCAAAGACUGGCAAAGAGAACAAUGGCGUGAAGAAGAGUCAGAAACCACCAAAGAAGAAGCUGUUGGACUUCAGCGUGCUCCGUGACAGAAACCUGGUGAUUUAUAUCAUUGCCAAGUUCAUUGUUGUCCUAGGCCUGUUUGUGCCCACCAUUCUCCUGGUGAACUAUGCCAAGGACCAGGGUGUGCCUGAUCGGGAUGCCGCCUUCCUGCUCUCCAUCAUCGGCUUUGUCGACAUCUUUGCACGACCCACUUGUGGUGUGGUGGCGGGCCUGAGUUGGGUACGACCAAAGAUUCCCUACUUCUUCAGUAUUGCCCUGAUCUUCAAUGGUCUCACAGAUGUCUGCUCAGCCAGGAACACCAGCUACAUGGGGCUGGUGAUCUUUUGUGUGUUCUUUGGACUCUCCUACGGCAUGGUGGGAGCCCUGCAGUUUGAGGUUCUCAUGGGAAUAGUUGGAACUGGUGGUUUCUCCAGUGCUCUCGGGCUGGUGCUGCUCUUUGAGGCUGUAGGUGUACUUAUUGGACCCCCCUCUGCUGGACGCUUGGUGGACGCUUUCAAAAACUAUGAACUGAUUUUUUACAUGGCCGGAUCUGAACUGCUAACUGCAGGUGUGUUCCUGGCUACAGCGUCUUACUGUUGCACAGGGAGAAAGAAAAGCAGGGACUCACCGAAUGUAGAGGAACCAGAUGUCGAGGAGGAAGUCAACCAUACCAAUCAUGACUCAAACAAUGCUCACCAAGCUGCUCUAAAGGAUGAAGAAAGCUAAGAUCCAAGUAGACGAAGAGAAGAUCAAUGAGAAGAAGAGAACCCAAGAAGAUCAAUGAGAAGAAGAGAACCCAAGAUAUAAUAAAAGUUAUAGGCCUACAUUCGGUAGAUGUCUUUUGGCUAAAAGGUCAUUUUUCUUGGAACUGGUGCAUGAAUGAGGUGGUGCUCAUUUGUCAUAUUCUUCAGUUGGAUUCACAUUUUGUGUAUAAAUCUUAUUUGUUGUGUGUCAAACUAAGAUAAGACAGUCGCCCGCUUAUUACAACAGCAUGAGUACAUCCUGCAAGAUUGACAGAUUCGGUCUCAACAUCUGCUCAAAAAGCAGCAACUUGUAAAUAUGUUUGUGUAGGCCUAUGUCUUACAGAUAUAUGAAUACUGUACAUUAAUACCUCAAUCCAAACCUUCUGUUGUUUUAUAUCUCCUUUCUGCAAUAAAAGCAUAUCAAGCAAGCAUAAUGAUGCUCUUUUUUUCUAAUGAAUAAACGUUUUUGUCUGUUUUGCUUACUCUUUUCUUCAUGAAUAUGCCACCCCGCAGAAAACAUAUGAGUGCGUACGACUUAACCCGGGGCUGCACAG